CCACCCACCUCUGCAGUGCCCAGCAGUGUCUCCCGCUUGCAGGGGUGGAGUGUGUCGUCUUCAACGAGGAGUACAUGACCUGCACAUGGGGAAGCAGAGAGAUGCUCAAGGCCAACUACUCCCUCUACUACUGGUAUGAGAACAGGUCCCCUGUAGUGGAGUGCAAGCACUACCUGCAGGACCGGGGCAUCAGCGCCGGCUGCCACUUCAACCGGAGUGAGAUCAUCCAGUUCCAUCCUUUUCGUGUCCUCGUCAAUGCCAGCCUUGGUGGCAAGACCCUGGAGAUCCCCAGCAAGCACAUGGAGCUGCAGGACCUGGUGAAACCGGAGGCACCCGUCAACCUGACCAUCCGCAACAUGAGCAGCAACCAGCUGCAGCUGACCUGGACCUCCCCAUACCCCACAGCCCACUGCCUGGAGCACGCUGUCAAGUACAAGAGCAACAAGGACACAAGUUGGACGGAACACCGAGUGAACGGAGACGUCUUCUCCUUCCCUAGUGUGGACUAUGAGAAGUACUACACCUUCUACGUGCGCAGUAAGAUCAACCGCUACUGUGGCAACACCCAGCUCUGGAGUGAGUGGAGCAUCCCCGUGGCCUGGGGCAGCAACUCCACCAGCAAGGGCAUGGCGGAGGAGCAGCUGCACUGGUUCUGGAUCCACACGGUCUUGAUCCCCAUUGCCUCCUGCCUGCUCUUGGUGGUCCUUGUCAUCCUGCUGGUGCGCAUGGAAAGGGUGUGGGUAAUCCUCAUGCCCCGCAUCCCCAACCCCAGCAAGAAUUUCACUGAGCUCUUCAUCACCCACAACGGCAACUUCCAGGAAUGGGCUGGAGUCCCCAAAGACGUUGUGGAGAGCUUCAAACCCAACUACAGCGAGAAUAUCUGCUACGUGAGUGAGCUGCCCUCCAAGGAGGUCUACGAGCCCCUCUGGGAGGGGAGCAACCACCCACCAUCGCUGAUGCCUGGGGCCCCAGCUGCCCCCCAUGAGCACAGCCCCUACAAGAACAGCUACGUGGGAGUGUGA